AUGUCGGAGCUUCACAUCAACCCUGGCAGCAUUCGCGUGUUGGGCCACUGCUCGGAUUCCUUUCGCCGCGUGUUGACACCAGACGCGCUCCGCUUCCUUUACUUUCUUCACGAGGAAUUUGAACCGCGCCGCCAGGCGUUACUGGCCGCCCGUGUAAAGCGUCAGAAGGAAAUCGAUGCUGGCUUGCUUCCAGAUUUCCUGCCAGAGACUAAAUACAUUCGUGAGAGUAACUGGAAAGUAGCAUCGAUUCCUACUGACUUGACAGAUCGUCGUGUCGAGAUCACGGGCCCUGUGGACCGCAAGAUGGUAAUCAAUGCGCUUAAUUCGGGCGCCAAGUGCUACAUGGCUGACUUUGAAGACUCGACAGCUCCCACGUGGUUCAACCAGGUGGACGGUCAAGUGAAUCUUAUUGACGCUGUGCGUAAGACUAUUACGUACACACACCCGCAAACAGGCAAAAAGUACGCAUUGAACGAAAAAGUCGCUACUUUGAUGGUGCGUCCACGUGGCUGGCACUUGGAUGAGGGACACGUGCUUGUGAAUAAUCAGAUUAUGUCUGGUUCACUUUUUGAUUUUGGUCUUUAUUUCUUUCACAAUGCUCAUGAAUUGCUGUCACGUGGGUCUGGUAUAUACUUUUAUUUGCCUAAGCUCGAACAUCAUUUGGAAGCAAAACUUUGGAACGACGUCUUUGUAGCUGCACAGGCAUACGUGAAAGUUCCACACGGAUCGAUCCGAGCUACAGUUCUAGUGGAGACUAUCAUGGCUGUCUUUCAGAUGGACGAAAUCUUGUACGAGCUGCGUGAUCACUCGGCAGGUCUUAAUUGUGGUCGCUGGGACUAUAUCUUCUCGUACAUUAAAAAGCUCCGCAAUCAUGCCAAGUUUGUAGUGCCUGAUCGUUCGUCUGUUGGUAUGACUACACCCUUCAUGGCUGCCUACGUCAAAUUGCUUGUCCGCACUUGUCACCGACGUGGUGCCCACGCUAUGGGCGGCAUGGCAGCUCAGAUCCCCGUCAAGAACGACCCGGAGCUGAAUAACAAGUUUAUGGCUGCUGUGACCGAAGACAAGUCACGCGAGGUGGCUGCGGGUCACGACGGUACGUGGGUAGCACACCCUGGCCUUGUCAAGAUUGCUAUGGAUGCGUUUAGUAAGAUGUCGGGUCCCAACCAGAUUUCGUUCAUCCCCGAGGCAGGAAAGGAUAUCACUGCAAUUCAACUUCUUGAGCCUCCGAAGGGUGGUAUUACUUACAACGGUUUGGUGGAGAACAUUGAUGUCUCAUUGGUGUAUACGGAGGCGUGGCUGCGGGGCAGUGGCUGCAUCCCGCUUCACAAUAAAAUGGAGGAUGCUGCUACGGCUGAGAUCUCGCGCGCUCAGGUAUGGCAGUGGAUCCGCUACAGCUGCAAGACUGUUGAGGGAAAGACGGUGUCGAAGGCGCUGGUUCUGGAUAUUUUGAAAGAGUGCGUAAGCAAGCGUUCGAUGAAGGCCACUCCAGACAAUAAGUGGGUACUAGGUGGUGAGAUUAUGAGUAAGGUGCUGACGGGAGACGACAUGGUUGACUUCCUCACGCUGCCGUGCUACCCGCACAUUGUGGAGCUUGCCUCGAGCAUCUGA